AGAGGACACCACUUCACCAUUCAGCAGAAACACCACCUUGAGUGAACACAACUUGAUUCCCUGGGGAACCACAAUCCCAAAACGAUGCCAAAAAUUUUGACCAAGGACAAUGGACUACAAAUGAUCUCUGGUGGUUGUGCAGGAUGUGUGGAAGUGGCAAUUAUGCAUCCGUUAGAUCUCAUCAAAACCCGCCUCCAGAUUCAAUCCAAUGCCUCUCGCGGGAGUGCGAAUCACUACAAUGGCGUUGGGGAUUGUAUGGUUAAAAUGUAUCGCCAAGAGGGCCUCAAAUCAUAUUGGAAGGGUAUCAUUCCGCCCUUAUGCGUGGAAACGCCCAAACGCGCCUGGAAGUUUGGAACUUACGAGAUUUUUAAAACUCAAAUGGGAUAUCGACGGGAUGGAUCCAUGACCUUCGGGCAAAUGGCCACAGUAAAUCUAAUGGCGGGUAUGGGAUCUGGGGUCACCGAGGCCAUUAUUGUCAACCCUUUUGAAGUUGUUAAAGUGAAGAUGCAAUCAAAUCGCUCACACCAAUCUGCACGUCCCACCACAUGGUCUGUGGCGCGGGAGAUUAUCCGUGAGGACGGAAUGGGUCGCAACGGUCUUUUGGGUAAAGGUCUCACCGCAACCAUUGGACGAAACGGCGCGUUCAAUACCAUCUAUUUCGGGUUCUUUUACACCGUGGUCCAUAACACCGAAACAUUGGAGAAUAAGUGGCUCGAAUUAGCGAGAAAGUUUGCCUUAGGUUUUAUCUCUGGUACCAUGGCCUCAAUUUUCAACAUUCCGUUCGAUGUGGCUAAGAGCCGCAUUCAAGGCCCACAGCCUGAACCAGGGAAAAUAGCUUACAGGGGCACUUUCCGGACCAUUGGUAUGGUAUAUUCGAAAGAGGGGUUUGCUGCUCUGUACAAAGGGUUAGUGCCUAAAAUCAUGCGAUUGGGGCCAGGAGGAGCCAUCAUGCUAAUAGUGAAAGAUUAUGUGUUUGACCACUUAAAAGUGAGAUUUCCUUAAUAUGAGGAAUAAAAAGCUUCGUAAUUAUUUAUAAA